UUUUUGACAGCAGUUGUGAUUGGAACAUGUGCUGAUUUACUGGUGUUAUUAAAUUUUGUUCAGCUUUCUGGUUCAAGUUUUCGUUUAAAUUACAGUAAAAAUUAGGUUAGACGUUUUUGAAUUGUGAAGCCCGAUUUUUUCUUCAAUUUUCCGUUUAUUGCUGCAGCUUAACCUUUACCGCACCGGCAUACGCGUGAAACCAAACCGAUAAGAUGACUAUCGACCAGAACUUGGAUGUCAACUUGGAUCCAACCAACCUGCAGUUUUCCGUCUUCAGUUCGGAGGACAUUAAACGAAUUAGUGUGACGAAAAUCGUUACGCCGAGGUCGUUCGAUGAAUUAGGUCAUGCAAUCCCCGGUGGGCUGUACGAUGCGGCGAUGGGUCCCACCGGAAGGGGUGAAGUAUGUGCCACCUGUGUCAAGGAUAUUGCUCAGUGCGAGGGACAUUUCGGACAUAUUGAAAUCUGUCUACCGGUGUUCAAUCCAUUCUUCGUUAAAACGGUUUACAAUUUGCUGAGACUUUGCUGCACUAGCUGCUUCCGGUUGCAGUUACACGAUUCAAUGAAAAGUUUACUGGAACUGCAACUGCAGCUCGCGGAUGCUGGCUACAUUGUCGAGGCAGAGGAGAUAGAGAUGUUCAAGCAAAAAGUUGCUGCGGAUCCAUCCAGAGGGCUCCCGGAAGGGGUAGGCUACUACAUGGAGUUGCUGAUGAAUCAACCUUACAGUAAGUUGGGAAAUACAAAAAACUCGGAAGCCAUUCGAAAUGCCAUCGUUAACUCGACCUUGAAGGAAUCAGUAAAACAAAUUUGUAUUCACUGCAAGCAAGCUGUUCGGAAAGUUCGUGUGUCGAACAAGCGACUGGUGUUCAGUAUGAACAGGGUCGAAAUGAAAGCAUUCUACGAAAAACAGGGCAUCCGCGACAUCAGUGACGCAAAACUGCGUGCCACCAAUCGAAUCAUCUUCGCUGAAGAGUGCCAGAAGUACUUCUACCAGCUGUACCAAAACGACGGCCCGCUACUGAAGCUUCUGUUUCCGAUUCUCGCUAAUGGUUCCCACUCGAUGAAACAUCCGGUCGAUUUGUUCUUUAUGGAUGUGAUUCCGGUGCAGCCGCCCUUGGUAAGACCGGUAAGACGGGUCGAAGGUAUGGAAAUCCUGGAACACCCGCAGACCUCGAUCCUAAGGAAUAUUCUGAUGGCAAACUCUGCGCUUAGGGCGAUUCUGGUUCUAACCAAACAGGAAGAUAGUGAUGAGGUAGGCAAAACCGCGAUCGAAGUUGAGAUGAAGAAGGUUUACGAUGCGGCUAAAGGCGAUAGUGCGUUCGAUAAGUUGUACCAUGCUUGGAUUGAACUCCAAGGAUUUGUAGACCAAUCUUUGGAUAUCAACAUGGCACAGGAAAAGGGAAAAGCUCGUGGUUGUGGUUUGAAGCAAAUUAUCGAAAAGAAGGAAGGUCUCGUGCGGAUGCAUAUGAUGGGUAAACGAGUAAAUUAUGCAGCACGAACGGUCAUUACACCAGAUCCGAAUAUUGGUGUUGAUGAGCUUGGAAUCCCGGUAACUUUUGCGCAGAAGCUAACCUAUCCGGUGCCGGUGACAUCGUGGAACGUAACCGAACUGCGGAAGAUGGUACUGAAUGGGCCGGAUGUAUAUCCGGGGGCAAACAUGAUCGAAGAUUCAAACGGUCAAAUUAGUAAAAUCUCCUCGAUCAACGUCACUCAGAGACAGUCGAUGGCGAAGACUUUGCUGACACCGCACAGCUCAAACCAGCAGGGUGUUAAGAUAGUCCAUCGUCACUUGCUGAAUGGAGAUGUUUUGUUGCUGAACCGGCAACCAACACUGCAUCGUCCGAGUAUCAUGGCACAUAAAGCUAAAAUCUUGAGUGGCGAGAAGAUCUUUCGACUGCAUUAUUCGAACUGUAAAUCCUACAACGCUGAUUUCGAUGGUGAUGAAAUGAACGCCCAUUUUCCACAGGAUGAAUUAUCGCGCAGCGAGGCAUACAACAUUGUAGCCGUACCGCACCAAUAUCUGGUUCCAAAGGAUGGUACUCCACUUGGAGGGUUGAUCCAGGAUCAUAUUGUUUCUGCCGUGAAAUUGUUCAUUAGAGGAAAGUUUUUCAACCGAUACGAUUACCAACAGUUGGUGUUCCAGGCAUUGAGUAGUCACCGGGGCGAUAUUGAUUUACUUCCGCCAACAAUCCUGAAGCCAGCGAUUCUCUGGUCUGGAAAGCAGAUUAUUUCCACUAUCGUUAAGAACAUCAUACCGAAAAAUAUGCCCCAUAUCAAUAUGAUAGGAACGGCCAAACUCGGUUGCAAACAUUGGCAGACACAACCAGCACGGGAAUGGCUUGCCGGUGGAAGUCCUAUCGUUGGGAACGAGAUGUCUGAGACGGAGGUUUUUAUCCGUAACGGGGAACUACUGGUUGGAAUCCUGGAUAAGAACCACUUCGGUGCAACGCCAUACGGUUUAAUUCACUGCAUGUAUGAACUGUAUGGAGGGAACUGCUCUACCUUGCUUCUCUCCUCGCUGUCCCGAUUAUUCACAUACUAUCUUCAGUGGGAAGGUUUCACCCUAGGCGUUCAAGAUAUUCUAGUUCAGAAACAGGCGGACAAGAAGAGAGCCAAAAUCAUUAAAAACUGUCGAACUGUUGGGCACGCUACCGCUGCUUCCGCUCUAGAUCUUCCACCGGAUGUAUCCGAAGAAGAACUAAAUGCCAAAAUGACCGAAGCAUACGCCAGAAAUCCCAAGUUUCGUGCGAUUCUCGAUCGCAAGUACAAAUCUGCACUGGACACCUACACCAACCAGAUCAAUGAGGCUUGUGUGCCCGGAGGAUUGAUCACCAAAUUCCCCGAUAAUAACCUACAAUUGAUGGUUCAGUCGGGAGCGAAAGGUUCCACGGUCAACACCAUGCAGAUUUCCUGCUUGCUUGGACAGAUCGAACUGGAAGGAAAGCGACCUCCAUUGAUGAUCUCCGGGAAGUCAUUGCCAAGUUUUGCUAGUUUUGAAACUUCUCCCAAAUCAGGCGGCUUCAUCGAUGGACGGUUCAUGACGGGAAUUCAGCCACAGGAUUUUUUCUUCCACUGUAUGGCCGGACGUGAAGGUCUCAUCGAUACGGCUGUCAAAACCAGUCGCUCCGGUUAUCUUCAGCGCUGCCUGGUGAAACAUUUGGAGGGACUCAAUGUGAAUUACGACAUGACCGUUCGGGACAGUGACAACAGUGUGGUGCAGUUCAUGUACGGUGAGGACGGGAUGGACAUUUCCAAGGCUCAGUUUAUUGAAAAUUCCAAGCAACUUAAUUUCUUGGACCUCAAUCGGGAUGUCAUCGUCCAACCGGAACUGGUGGAAAUGUUGGCAAAUGAUGACGAGUUGAACGACCGGAUCAAAGCUCACGUCAAAAGGAUGAAAACUUGGUGCAAAAGGAAUGGACCCAAGCUUCAGAAACGACGAGUGUCCGCAUUCAGCAAAUUUUCUUCGGAUGUCAAGGAAGCGGUAUAUGCUAAAACGUCCAACCCUGACCAACUGAAGCCCAAAACUGGUCGUCUUCGACUCACCGAAAAAAUCAUCAAAAAAUGGACAAAAACCGAUCCGGAAGAGAAAUCAAAAUACCACCGCAGCUAUGCUCCCUGUCCAGAUCCAACAUACUCUGUCUUCCGACCGGACAGUUGUUUCGGGGCCCUUACCGAACACCUGGAAGAUCUAGUCAAAGCGUACGCCACAUCCCAGAAACCCAUUCACGACAUGAGCGAACUGGUUAAAAUAAAAAACAGUAACGCUCUCGCUGCCCCCGGUGAACCGGUCGGUAUCCUGGCGGCACAAUCCAUCGGUGAACCUUCGACGCAGAUGACACUGAACACGUUUCAUUUUGCCGGUCGAGGUGAAAUGAACGUCACACUUGGUAUUCCUCGUCUUCGCGAGAUUCUUAUGCUUGCAUCACAACGCAUCAAGACCCCUUCGAUGGAGAUCCCGUUCCGGCCGCAUCGAAGUGCCCGGAAGCUGGAAGCUAUCGCCGAGAGGAUGCGGCAGACGCUGAAUCGGGUAACGGUGGCGGACGUGCUGGAAGAUAUCAAAGUUAAAUCCCGUCUGGUGUUGAAACCUUCUCGUGGAAUGCAACACGUGGUGCGGUUCAACUUUCUAUCCCAGGACGCCUACUCGCACGAUUAUCGGGUUAGUCCGAAGGAAAUUCUGCACUGCAUGUCGAGACAAUUUUUCAAAAAGAUGUUUCAAUAUAUCUUCCGAUCGGCUAAGAGCAUGAACGUGCUAAUCGACAUCGAACAAGAUUCAUCAGCUAAAAAGAGCGUUUCACCCAACGAAAACGACGAGCUGGCGGACAGUCGGGUACCGGAUAUGUCUCGAUUGGAGGACGACGGUGGAGUCAGCUCAGACGAAGAAGCUGGUGUAAACGAAGGGGAUGCCGAUGCCACGGAAUCACGAUUGAAGGGAAAGAAAAGUGACGAUGUGGGUUACGAUACUGACGAUGAGGUAGGGGAGGAGGACGGCGAUGACGAUGAUGAAUUGCUAAAUACGGCCGAGGACAAACCGGAAAAUGAUAGUGCAGUGGAGAAGAAGCUCGACGACAACGGCGAAGAGAUGAUUGACGGGGAAGCGCUGAAUGUGUCCGAUACUAAGCUGGUGGAGGAAACGGAAAAGAUGCUGGUAACGAGACAGAGCGAACUGAUCAGUGAUUAUGUGUACGAUAAGAAAGACCAUAGGUGGUGUAUCGUGACUUUCCAUAUGCGAAUGAAGUAUAAGGAUACCGACUUCACCAAAAUCCUACGGGAAAUCGCUGAAAGGACUGUUGUUUGGGAGGUUCCCAACAUUCGUCGUGCCAUCACGUACGUCCAGAAUGACCAAAUGUACCUCAAAACGGAUGGAAUUAACAUUUUUGCGAUGACAAAGUACAACAAAAUCCUGGAUCUAAAUCGUCUCUACUCGAACGACAUUUACGCUAUCGCGCAAACGUACGGCAUUGAGGCGGCUUCCCGCGUUAUCGUCAAAGAGGUCCAAAAUGUGUUCAAAGUGUACGGAAUCACAAUUAAUCCGCGUCACUUGCUGCUGGUGGCCGACUACAUGACCGCCGACGGUACGUUUAAAUCGAUGAGCCGAAAGGGAAUGGAGAACAGUGUAUCCCCGUUGCAGCAGAUUUCGUUCGAAUCAUCGAUACAGUUCUUACGGGCGGCCGCACUCAAAAGUAACGAUGAUCAUUUGGAUUCACCCUCAUCGCGAUUGAUGUUGGGGCAGCUUUGUAAAAGUGGAACCGGUUCCUUUGGAGUGUACAGUAAGGUGCAAUUGUAACUUGAAGCGGGUUUGCCGUUUUGAAAAGUUUUUCAAAUAAAAAUUUGUUUUUGCUUCGAAUAUGACCAUCAAACAUCGUCUCAUU